GCGGAGCGCGAGGCGCGGGGCUGCAGACGGCGGCGCGUGUGGAGAGGGAGCGGGCCGCUUUUCCGGCCGCGGCGAGGAGCGCGGGUGCGGGGCUGGCAGCAAGGUGACGGGUUGGGCGGCCGCCCCUUUCUCUACCCCUGCUUUCGCAGCCCUUGUCCCCUUCAAGAUGCUCAAGGUAGCAGCCUUGGUGUGCGUGUGUGCAGCAGCCUGGUGCAGCCCGGCGCUGGCGGCGGCGGCCGGGGGCAGACCGGACAGCGGCAAUUUUCUGGACGAUAAACAAUGGCUCACGACCAUCUCGCAAUACGACAAGGAGGUCGGGCAGUGGAACAAAUUCCGAGACGAUGAUUAUUUCCGUACAUGGAGUCCCGGUAAACCAUUUGAUCAAGCUUUAGAUCCGGCUAAAGAUCCAUGUUUAAAGAUGAAAUGUAGUCGCCAUAAGGUCUGUGUUGCACAGGAUCAACAAACUGCUGUUUGCAUUAGUCACCGAAGGCUUACGCACAGUAUGAAAGAGGCUGGUUUAGGCCAUAAACAGUGGAGGGGUGGUCCUAUUUCAUCAAACUGCAAGCAGUGUCCUGUAGUUUAUACCAAUCCUGUUUGUGGAUCAGAUGGUCACACAUACUCUUCUCAGUGCAAAUUAGACUAUCAAGCGUGUGUCUCAGGAAAACGAAUCUCAGUGAAGUGCGAAGGACGUUGCCCUUGCCCUCCUGACAAAUCCACAAAUGCAGGCAGAAAUGGUAGGAGAGUGUGCAGUGACCUGGAAUUCAGGGAGGUUGCAAACAGAUUGAGAGACUGGUUUAAGGCACUUCAUGAAAGUGGAGUUCAGAAUAAGAAGACUAGGAUUGUUCAAAGGCCUGAAAGAACCAGAUUUGAUACCAGCAUAUUGCCAAUUUGCAAAGACUCCCUUGGCUGGAUGUUUAACAGGCUUGAUACGAACUAUGACCUUUUGUUGGACCAGUCAGAACUUGGAAGCAUUUACCUUGACAAGAAUGAGCCAUGCACCAGGGCAUUCUUCAAUUCUUGUGACACAUACAAGGACAGUUUGAUAUCUAACAAUGAGUGGUGCUACUGCUUCCAAAGACAGCAAGACCCACCUUGCCAGACAGAACUCAGCAACAUUCAGAAGCAGAAAGGAGGAAAGAAGCUCCUAGGGCAGUACAUCCCCUUAUGUGAUGAAGAUGGGUAUUACAAACCAAGUCAGUGCCAUGGAAGCGUAGGGCAGUGCUGGUGUGUUGACAGAUACGGUAAUGAGUUGACAGGAUCCAGAACAAAUGGUGCAGCAGAAUGCGCUAUCGAUUUAGAGACUUCAGGUGAUUUUGCCUCUGGUGAUUUCCAUGGGUGGACAGAUGAUGAAGAUGAUGAAGAUGAAAUAAUGAAUGAUGAAGAUGAAAUUGAAGAUGAUGAUGAAGAUGAAGGAGAUGAUGAUGUUGAUGAUGACGAUGACCAUGAUGGAUAUAUUUGAUAAUAUUAGGGGCUCCAUAAUUGUACCUUUCCAAAAUUCUAAAGAUGACAUUUCAUAAAAUCCCUUUGCUCUCAAAGAUCAAAAGGAUUCUAACAAACAUGUAUAUUUUGUAUGAUUAUUUCAAACAUUGCAGCUGGAGUCAUAGAUUUUUUUGUUUGUUUGUUUAAAUAAGAAUAAUUAUAUUACGUGCUUUUGAGUUUUUAAAUGCCUUUGCGCUGAAGAAAACACAUUGGAAGUCUAGCCUGAAGAAAGAAAUGUAAUGUGCUACUGAAAAUAUAAAUGAGCAAAACACACUGUAAAGAAAACUGGUCUCUAAAACUCCAGUGAAAAGAUAUAUGCCCUUACUUGGAGCUGUGCAUGACCUCUUCAGAACACAUACUGUGACUUAACUUUAGUUCAGUGUUUCAGGCCCCGUGGGCUUUGCAAAUUGUCCAUUUAAUAAAUCAAAAAUGUUUUACAGUAGAAAAGCAUUGGUGCACAAGUAGCAUCUCACCAGCCUUUAAUUAACCAAAGGUAUGGAGAUAAAUUUUCAGGAGGGAAAGAUAAAGCAAAGUCCUUCUUUGUGUUUGCGUCGGUAGUUACGUUUUUUUGUUUACAAAAUGGCUAGGUUAUUGAAAGGAUUUUUCAAAAGCAGUAGCAUGGACAAGCACCAAUUCUGUAAUUGUAAAGUUUUCAUGUAAUUUCUUUAUUAUUUUUUUCUUUCCUGUCAAGACUGUAUAGGUGUUACCAUUAUUUACUCAAACAUUGCUUCACCCUUUGUUGUUUUGCUGCAUUUCUCUCUAAUCAGAGUAGCGUAAAAUAUUUUACAUGGGGAAAAAAAAUUGCUUAAAAUUAUAUUACCUUUAUAUAUGAAAGUGGUUCAGAGUAUUGGUACUAGCCCCAAAGUAGUUUUUAAUAAAUGUAUAAUAAUACUUUUUAUUUUCUUAAUUCAGGAAAUAGUUUUGCAUCUUAAUUCCUGUUGCUUUCUGUUACUAGGGCAGAAACUUAGAGAACGUAUUGUAAAGGUGCCUUGCAAAAUAGAAAUAGAGAGGUUUUAGCAUGCAUACCAGUAUAGGAUGUUAGGCAAUAGCUAAGCACACCCAAUUACCAAAUUAAUACCAGUAUAGGUACUGCUGCUGGAAUGAAGAAAAUGGGUUUGGUUUUGUUCUGGUUUUUCUUUCUCCUAUUGUUAUGUAAUUACCAUGUGGACUAGAUUAUAAUUAUUGUGUAGAGUAGCACUUAAGAUUUGAUUGUAGAGAAAAUUACUUUAAUCACUGUAUUUAUGUUAGCAUGUUAAUUAAUUGUAUAGACAUUCUGGGACUCCACCAUCUUUGUUCAUAUCAUUUGUGUUCCUUUCUGCCCACAAUAAAAUUGACGUGACCUGUAUAAUGUAAUACUACAGGUUGUAUAAUUUCAAAAUUGGAUCACUGGUUUCCCAUCAUUAAUUAAAAGGGAUAUCAGUUUCUUAUUUGAAUUAAUUUCUACACAUUAAAUACUAAAUUUAAUGUUUAUCCUGUGUAAUAUUGCAGAGUAUAACGCAUUUUCUUUUUUACUGUUUCUGUAUAGUUUGCAAAAUAAAGACUCUUGUAACCAACCUUUGGCCAGUAUAGCCCAUCAUUUUGAAUUUUUGCAUAGUUUGAAAUUUUCAGACAGGAAGAAUUAGUGUUUCACCUAUUAAAAAUGUAUUUAUUUGGUACAUUUCAUCUAUUAAAAAUGUAUUUAUUUGAAUAAAGCCAUUUAUUAAUGUUUUA